AUGUUGGAACCAACGUGUCCCCCCACCGAGCAAUGGGGCGUCACCCUUGGACACCCCUCAUACGACGACUGCGACUACAUCCUCUCAAAUCUCUAUCCCAAAGACCCACUGUCCAAACCAGUCCUGCGCAAUUUCUAUGUUGCACCUGCGGACGUAUCGCACACGAUGUCGAAUUUCAAACUGCCGUAUGAGGAGAGUUACCAGACAUGCAGCAUCCAAAUGCUAUUAGCGGCGGACUUCAUCAACAUCCCGAACGAUGAGGCCACCUGGAAUGAUCUCAGAGGCGCGACGCGGACAAUACUCAGGACGUGCAUUCGCGGGAGGGGAUUAGGAGGCGUGAUCACCAAGAACGGAAAGCAUGGCAACAUAGAAAUUGUUGUAUACGGCAAAGAUUCAAUAUUCGCUAAGAACCAGAUAUUGAAGAACUCGCCAGACCAACUCGCUAGAUCGAUCGCGGCACAGGAGUUGUUGGAGUUGAUGAACAUAGUGAUAGUUCCGAAAACUGAUCAGCCAGAGUCCGAGGUCAGGACUGUGGCAAAUAGAACAGUCAAACCCACAAGCGAAAGCCGGUUGAUCACUGCCGGGGUACAUGUAGAGACAUCUUGA